AUGGACGGCGGCCUUGUGUCUCCACUUUUGCAAAUCCACCGGCCAAAGCCAAUCAAUAUUGUUGAAUCAAAGGUUGUUGAAUCGGAGGUUGUUGAACUUAUUGGUAGCGAGUCUGAUGAUGAGUCGGAGGCUGAAGAUGAGUCGGAGGUUGAUGAGUCGGAGGUUGAUGAGUCGGAUUCUGAUGAGUGGGAUUCUGAUGACUGGGAUUCUGAUGAGUUGGAUUCUGAUGAGUCGAAUUCUGAAAAACUUAUUGGUCGUGAAUGUCAGUUUUGUUUAAAGGUGGGUGAUCACUUUUCGCAAACAUGCUCUUACAGGUAUCAUGUCCCAAAGAACGCAAUUGUUGGCAAGAGGUGUGUGGUAGUUUGUAAUUUGUGUGGUUGCCUCUUUAGAGACUCAUGUUGUGGCGUUUGUGGCCAAAGCGAUGGAUUUGCAAUUCUUAUGAAUUGUUUACAUUGUCGGAAGAUAGGUGAACACUUGAUUUUUACAUGUCCGAGCCGCGAGGGGAAAUCUUAUUUGGACCCUUAUACUGGUUCUGUUGUUUCCAUUUAA